AUGGAUCUCGAUCCUCCACAAAGCAGUGACAAUAUGUUGCCAGAACCUGGACCUCCUGAACUAGAUAUCAACCUUUCUCAGUUAGAGGACAUAGAUGCACGUCGACAGCAAACCGCAUCGAAAGCCUUCUUUGCCCGAAGCGUUUUGGCUUUACGGAACAAUGUCCCUACGACUUCCCUUCCCAACGAUACGGCAGCACCUCCCUCGACUCCUGAACCAUCAAUAACUUGCACAGCACCUGCUCCUUUCGACAACCAACUUUUUGUGAGCCAGCCCGCGGACAAUACCCUUGACAAUAAUGAGAUUGAGCAAAUUCGGCAAUUCGUUGCUUCCCAGAAUGGGAAUGUGAGCGAAAGCAAUGGCCUUACCGCCAUGUCCCAGGAGCAAGACAAUGUAUCAACCGAAACUUCAAGUGGUGUGACCGCCAUUGAGAAUCUGAUGAAUCUGGAUGAGCCACAACCUGUGAUGGCCUCAUCGUCGAACCCCUCCGAAGCCCCUGACGCGCCUGCGGUUACAGGGACUCAGGGAUCGGUUGACGAAAAUGACGUGUCUGAAUGGCCUGAGGUCCAGGAAGAAGAUUCUACAGGUGGGAGGUUUGAUAUCAUCGAGACAUGGUAUAAUACCCUUGAGAACCCGACUCUCGAGGAAACAGUACAGUAUGAAAAAGCAAAGCAGCGAGAGACUCGACGCAGGGAGAGAAUUGCCAGCCGGAAGGCUCUGGAAGAGGCAGAACAGAACCUCGAGACUUUUCCAGAUUUAUCUGAUGAUGAGUUGCUCAACCCGUCGCUUGAAGCAUUACCCGGAGACACUGGUAAGCGCUCGGAUAUGGCGUCUGCAAAUCGACCUUCGAAAGGCCCACGAAAGCAGAAGAAUAGGGUCUCUGCUGCAGAAAGACGCCGAAGUAUGCGGUUAGGUCUCGACAUUGCCUUAGGACGUGUAACGAGGAAGAGGGGAUCCGGAAAGAAACGCUCUCGAAAGCGAAAAGCAGACGACAGCGAUGAAGAUGUUCCAGCUAGCGGUGACGUUAGCAAGAAAAAUCUGUUUGAUCCGGAGUUCGACCUAAACGCAUUUCUCAAUCCCGAUGUUAUCGCAGACGCUCAAGCGAAUGCCGGACUUCCGGCAAUUCCAAUAUCUAAUUCCAAAAACAAGAAAAGUGCCCUGGCUGAACUUGUCGCUAGCAUCCCGUCUGCCGAUCAGGAUCAGGCCAAGUCCGACAGGCAGGCAAUCCUCGAGGCAACCACAAAGUUCAGGCAUAAAGCAAGAUCUGAUGGCAAAGGGGGGUGGAGGAUAAAGGGCAUGAAGACUAGUCUCUUCCAUCAUCAGCUCCUCGGUGUAGCGUGGAUGGCUCUAGCCAAUAUUGUUGAUGGAAGAUGCGUUGACCCAGACCACCCCGUCAAAACAACAUUGAUUGUCGUUCCACCUCACCUUGUCGGGCACUGGGAAUGCCAAGUCGUCAAGCAUUGCGAGAAGGACGCUGUUGGUGACGUCCUUAUAUACUGUGCUCAGAGCAGAAUGCGUUGCGUCGACGUUAUUCAAAGUCUGCAGAAGUUCAGUGUCAUAAUUACGACAUACGACGAGGUCAGAUGCUCGUAUCCGCAGUUAAAGCGUAGAGGUGAGGUUCUCGAUGAAAAGAAGAUCGUUGAGAUGUGGGAGGAGCUCUACGCCAAAGAGAUCGGGCCAUUACAUCAGAUCAAGUUCUUGAGGAUCAUCCUUGAUGAGGGACAUUUUAUCAAGAACCAUCUUGCCUCUACGUCAAUCGCCGUCCGUGCUCUCACUGGUCAUCACAAAUGGAUUUUGAGUGGAACACCCGUGCCUAACUUCAUCACUGAGUUCUAUCCGCACUUCGAUUUCCUGGAGUAUCCAGACACGAAUGAUUACAGUCGGUUCGUGAAACGCUAUUGCGAGGGCGAUGAAGCCCAGCAGCGCCUUCGGAAUCUAUGUCGAACAUAUAUCCUCCUUCGGACUCAUUCCAGUCGACUCUUCUCGUUGCCUAUCAUCAAGUUACCUGAUAUCGGCGAGUCGGUCAUCAAGGUAGAUUUCUGUGAUGUAGAAAGAAGAAUUUACGACGAGGUUCUCGAGCAAUUCAUUGCAAAUAUAAACGGUCUCAGCGAUGACACGAAUCCGUAUCUCGCACAGUGUCGGUGCUUUCUCACUAUGAUCUUGAAACUGAGAAUGAUCUCUAGUCAUUUGCUCACAACUCAAAAUCUUGUCAAGGGGCUAUUGACCUCUUCUCUUAUGAGAGAUCUUGUCGAAAUUGCAAGAGAAACAAGAGAUCCUGACCAUCCUUCAACCCAGAUAAACAAAUGGUUUAUCACUUUGAAGAAAGGGGUUUCUCUGCCCGCCGCAUCGCCAGACAACGAAGAUCCGAGCCAGUCGAGAAAUGAGCUUAACGGAGACAGAGAAGAGCUUGUCAAACAAUUUCACAAGUUCACUACGGAGCUUCACGAGGACGGGCAAUGGGACGAGCGACUGAGAAGAACCAGCUGCCCACACUGCGAGUUGACUCCAAUAGGUCCAAUAAUCACCAGCUGCAUGCAUCUGUAUUGCGAAGAAUGCUAUUUCAUUCUCAAAAAUCGUCUCACUUCUGCGGAUGGGAAGCCAAUAUGUCAAAUAUGCAACACCCCUAUUGCGGAGGCUGCAUAUUGCGGCACCGCCGAACGUAUCGUACUCGAUGAGCCGUCGGCCCCUUCCAGUUUGACUCAGAACAACACCAGAAAAACCAAACCAUCUUCUCAGAAAAAGUCAAGCAGGUUGUUUGGUAGUCGGAUGUUCGCAACCGCCGCACAACGAUCACGAAUGAAGCAAACGGACGAUGAACAGCAGAAUGAAGAUGAGGAGCUAGAUUGGAUUUCAGCCACUCAAGGGGAAUGCCUGGAAGGCUGGGCGCACUGUCGUUUCACGGGAAAGAUGUCAAUUGGAGCUCGCGACUUGAGUAUGAAUGAUUUCAGGGAGAAGCGAGAAGUGAAAGUCAUGAUUGCAAGCCUCAUGGCCGGCGGUACAGGGCUCGACAUGUCCAUGGCAAAUAAGUGUAUCCUUGUGGAUCUCUGGUGGAACGAAGCCAUGCAGCAGCAGGCGUUCUGUCGACUGUACAGAAUAGGACAAGAGAAAGUGGUGGAGAUUGUCAAAAUCAUCGUCCAGAACACGAUUGACGACUACAUCCUCCAGCUACAAACGAAGAAGUCGGCCAAUAUCAACAGCACCAUUGGUGAAGAAGCAUUGCAGAAACGAGACAAGAUUAUUGACCUUCUUAAAAUGUUCGCAGAAGUCGAGGUGCAAGAAAACGGUGGCAUCGUAGUCGAGGUACGCCGCAAGGGGGAACAAGCCGACAAGGGCGACAAAGGCACCAAAGGCAACCAGCAAGGCGCCGCGAAACGAUCCAAAGGUAAAGAACCCAAGGGCAAAGAACGCGAUACAGGGGAUACAGGGGAUACAGGCAUUGGCUCUUCAAAUUAGUUCUCAGUGCUUGAAACGCACUACUCAAGAUGAACGGAAUCACUUGGUUAUUUGGCGCUAUCUAUUGGUCUUUUCUUUGGUUAUUUCGGGAUUCCACAUAUUGCCA